AGGGCGACAUGAGCCCGCGGCCGCGGCCCUAGCGCCCCGCUCCUCCGCCCGGCGGCCCGGCGGCGGGGACGGGGCUCGCGGCGGGCGUGGGAGCCAUGAAGCCGAGCCCGGCCGGGCCGGCGAGGGAGCUGGAGCCGCAGGCACCGGCCCGGGGCGAGCAGCGCGCGGCGGAGCCCGAGGGGCGCUGGCGGGAGAAGGGCGAGGCGGACACGGAGCGGCAGCGCACCCGCGAGCGGCAGGAGGCCACGCUGGCCGGGCUGGCCGAGCUGGAGUACCUGCGGCAGCGCCAGGAGCUGCUGGUGCGGGGCGCCCUGCGCGGCGCCGGGGUUGCGCCCCGCGCGGGGGACCCGCCGGGGGAGGCGGCGGGGCGCGGCCGCCUGGAGGAGAAGUUCUUGGAGGAGAACAUCUUGCUGCUGCGGAAGCAGUUGAAUUGUUUGAGGAGAAGAGAUGCUGGUUUGUUGAAUCAGUUGCAAGAACUUGACAAGCAGAUAAGUGACCUGAGACUGGAUGUAGAAAAGACAUCUGAAGAGCACCUGGAGACGGACAGCCGGCCCAGCUCAGGGUUUUAUGAGCUGAGUGAUGGAGCUUCAGGAUCCCUGUCCAAUUCCUCUAACUCGGUCUUCAGUGAGUGUUUAUCCACUUGUCAUUCUAGCACCUGCUUCUGCAGCCCCUUGGAGGCAACCCUGACUAUCUCAGAUGGUUGCCCCAAAUCUGCUGAUGUGAAUCCCAAGUACCAGUGUGAUCUGGUGUCUAAAAACGGGAAUGAUGUGUACCGCUAUCCCAGUCCACUCCAUGCCGUGGCCGUGCAGAGCCCAAUGUUUCUCCUUUGCUUGACCGGCAACCCUCUGCGGGAAGAGGAGAGGCUUGGUAACCAUGCCAGUGACGUUUGUGUCGGACCUCAGGUGGACACCAUCAAGACAGGUACUUCCUUACCAUCGCCAAGCAGCUUGUGGGCUGCUCCCCACCCUUCAUCCAGUAAGAAAAUGGACGGCUACAUUCUGAGCCUGGUCCAGAAAAAAACACACCCUGUAAGGACCAACAAACCGAGAACCAGUGUGAACGCUGACCCCAGCAAGGGGCUUCUGAGGAACGGGAGCUUCUGUGUCAGAGUGCCUGGGGGCGUCUCGCAGGGCCAUAGCGGGAACCUUAAGAAUUCUAAACAGGCGCCUGUGCCCCCUGGUGGAAUCCUGGCUUUGGACGGUGGGCCGUUCUCCCCGCUGAAGCAGUGGGCGAAGGAAGCAAAGGCAGACCAACUGGAAAGCAAGAGGCUGCCCGCGCCCGAGGGCGGCUUGCCAGGCGCCGCCGCUGACCUUCAGAGCAAGCAUCUGCCCAAAAGUGCCAAGCCAGCCUCCCAGGAGCACACUCGCUGUCCCACCGCGGUGACAGGGGAGCCCCCUAAAGACAGCAGUCAGAUCCCAGCUGCCCCUCCAAAGGAGAGCCCUGGGCGGGCCCCCGCCCCUCUGCAGGAGAACAGAGUGGUGCAGCCCCUCAAGAAGGCCUCGCAGAAAACCGGCCCGCCGGCGCCCCCCGCCCCCGCGGCGCUGCCGUCCUCGGCCUUCCCGGGGCCCGAGCGGCCGGCCCUGGAGUUCAAGAGCGAGGGCUCGUCUUCGCAGAGCCUCGAGGAGGGGCCGCCGGGGAAGGCGCCGUGCGUCCCGGGGCCGCAGCCGGGCGGGAGGCCGUCCCGGGCCAGCCGCGCCGCCGUCCCGCGGGGGGGCGGCGGCGGCCAGGCCGAGGCGGCGCUCCCCAGCCGGCCGCUGGGCGCCGGCCCCCGCGGGCCCGGGAGCAGGGCGCACGGGCACGGUCGCGAGGCGCUGGCCAGGCCCCGGCACAAGCGGCCCGAGUCGCGGCGCUGGCGCUCGGCGGCCGAGGUGUCCUACGAGGAGGCCCUGCGCAGGGCGCGGCGCGGCCGCCGCGGGCACGCAGGUCCCUACGCGGCGCCGCCGCCCUUCGCCAGCGCCUACGCAUGCGCGGCCAGCGACUCCGAGUACUCGGCCGAGUGCGAGUCCCUGUUCCACUCCACCGUGCUGGACACCAGCGAGGACGAGCGCAGCAACUACACCACCAACUGCUUCGGCGACAGCGAGUCCAGCGUGAGCGAGGGCGACUUCGUGGGCGAGAGCACCAGCACCAGCGACUCGGAAGAAAGCGGGGGCUUCAUGUGGUCCCAGUUUGUGCAGACCCUCCCUCUGCAGGCCGUCCGCGCCCCGGACCUGCACGGCAACCCCGCCAAAGCCUUCGUCAAAAUCAAGGCCUCGCAUACCCUCAAGAGGAAGAUCCUCCGAUUUCGGUCUGGCUCCUUGAAACUGAUGACGACCGUUUGAAUCACGUCGUUGGUGUGAAAGUGGGUAUUUUCUAGUUACCGAAGAAAAGGUGGCGUCCUAGUUUUUGUGUCAUAAUUGCACAGAAUGCUUUCCUUUUGUUAAGAUAAAACCAAGAUAAAUUAUGUCUCAUUUCAUCAUGUGUGGACACUAGUGCCUUUAAUGGAAGGUAAAGAAUGUUUUACUGGUUAGAAGUAAAUAUUGAGUUUUUAAUGGUGGUAAUAGUGAGUGAAUUUUGUGGUAGCAGAUGAUUUUUAAAUGUUCUGAGCAUCUGUGAAGGCGCAGGUUUUGAUGUUCAAGUCUGGUUGGGGUGAGACCUUUCGAUCUGAAGGUCAGGUGGAUAGAAUUGCAGGACAUGCAUUUGCUUCUAGGUUCUUAAGGGCAGUGUCUCCGUGAGGGUUAUCCAGUUGAGGGGCAUCACGUACAAUUGUGCAAAGUAGGUACGAGGGACAGUCAUUGUUUGCUGUAAAUUUUUCAUACAGUCUGCAUCUCUUAAAUGUAUCCCCAUUCUAUUUUCUUCUCAGAACUGUUUGGUUUACUGGACUCAGAACUUGAAGACCAGACCCUGAAUCCAGAGAGCUGGUGACCUGGAUAGGGAGCUGGUACUAUCUUAAAGGAUUCGCUAAACUUUUGCCACACUUGGUGCCUAGGCCCUGGUUGCAGUAACCCCUUCUGGGGCCAUUUAUCCAGCAUUUUGAUGCCUUUCUCCUUCUCCCUAAUUUGCAGCAGAUCCAACUAUUUCUCCCUUGGAGGACUUGCCUUUGUGAUAAAAUUUUGGUCCUUAGGUACAGAGAAGUUCACUCCUAAUAAACCUUGGGCAUGACUACAAGCCCAGAAUUGCUCACUGAGCACUGUGCCACCUUAGCAGUGACCCAAACACACGAGUGCAAUCCAGUCCAGAUUGGACCACUGAUGCUGUCUGGAAGGGCUUUUUUUUUAAAAAAAAAAACAACUUUUUUGGUAACAGUAUUGUGUAAAAUUGCUUUUUUUAUACCAAUAUAUGCAUGUUUUGUGCAUGAGUAGUAUUUGUUUUGAUACUCCUGUUGGUGUUAAAUUGCUGUAUGAUAUAAACAGUAUGUGUUUUUAUAUAUCAUUGUGUAAAUUUAAUAUAACACAUUAUAUACUGUAAUAAACGAUUUGUUUUACUGCUGUUAAGUUUGUUAUUUGGGUAUAAAACCAGAU